CGUCGGUCGUCGCUCUCCACGCAAUCGUCGGUCGUCGCUCUCCAGUCCAUCGGCUCUCCGCACCGUCAGCAACUUGGUUGUCCUCAGCCCUCAGUCUUCCUCAGCCCUCAGUCUUCCUCGGUUCUCAGUCCUCAUCAACAACUGUAAAAGUGGAGACUGAUAUGCAAGCUGGAGCAAACCAUGGUUAUGAGCUUCUAUGGAUCAUAGUCAUCGGCUUGGUUUUUGCUCUGAUAAUUCAGUCACUUGCUGCAAAUCUUGGUGUAAGCACAGAAAAACAUCUGGCUGAGUUGUGCAAGGUGGAGUACCCAAAAUAUGUGAAGCUUUGUUUAUGGUUACUGGCUGAGGUUGCUGUCAUAGCUGCAGAUAUACCAGAAGUAAUUGGAACAGCUUUUGCACUAAAUAUACUGUUUCAUAUCUCACUAUGGAUUGGAGUUCUAUUGACUGGUUUUAGCACUCUCUUGCUAAUUGGCCUGCAGAAAUAUGGGGUGCUUGUUAUCCAGGAAAAGAGUGGCAGAUUUCGAGGAACAGGGGUGUGGAAAAUUCCCACUGGAGUUGUUGAUGAGGGUGAGGAUAUCUUCAAGGCAGCUAUGAGAGAAGUAAAAGAAGAGACAGGAGAUAUGGGGCAUCUUCUGGCAAGCAGGAGGAUGGCAAGGAAGUUGAGUUUAUGGUUUAGGUAGUGCUGCCUCUUCUGCCUUCUCUCAAACAGGAACUGGGGGAACAUCAACAAAUGUUCCAUCAUCCCAAUCACCAGAAUGGAAGAAGGAAAUUGAAGCAAAGUUUGAAGAGAAGUAUAAUAGUUUGCAGAAACUUGUAGAAGACCAAAAUCAGCUGAUAGCUAAAAUGCGUGAUGAACUACAGACAGCGAAGAUGGGACAUCAGUCUUCCUCAUUGAUGCCAUCAUCGUCUGAUAUUCCUCCAGCUCAUAGAUCCCUUGGUGAUUCACAUAUGGAUUAGCAUAAUGUCAUUUCUCACGUACUUAAAUAAUAUAUUUUAUGAUAUGAAUUUGAUACUAUUUGGAUCCAUUAUAUAUUUUGAGAUAUUUUAAGUUUCUUAGUGUUGAACUAUAGUAAUGUUUUGAACUUUUAGAUUGCAGAAUUAUGAAAUGAAGUUUAUGCGUA